UGUGACUUCAAAAUAUAAUAUUAUUACUCGUCCAUAUACGGUUACGAAUCGAAGGGACAAAGGACGGAGCAGAAUCAGAUAGUGGCGGCAAGCACCGAGCUCAUAGCUAUUAUAUAUGUCCUCACAAGACAUUGUCUGAUCAUAUUAAAGCAAUAAAAUGGCCACGCAUCACUGUAUAGAAAGCCAUGGCCAAGAAAAUGGUGUCCAAAAUGGUAUGGAAGUGGCUCCGGUGGUGGUGGUCAUGGUGCCACUUCCGGCACAAGGCCAUCUCAACCAGCUCCUCCACCUGUCUCGCCUCAUCUCCGCCUACAACUUACCUGUCUAUUAUAUCGGCACCACCAUGCACAACCGCCAGACGAAGGAUCGAGCACACGGUUGGGACCCUUCAGCCAUUAAAAAUUUACAUUUUCGUGAAUUUCCAAUACCUCCAUUUCACAACCCUCUCCCUGACCCCAAUGCGACCACUAAAUUUCCAUCACAACUUAUUCUGGCAUGUCACACAUCGUCAAUUCAUCUACGCGAGCCUGUACAUGAAUUUGUAAACAGAAUUUCAAGCACAGCGAGAAGAAUAGUUGUCAUUUAUGACUCUCUAAUGAGUUAUGUUGUUCAGGACAUCGCGUCUAUAUCGAAUGCUGAAUCCUAUUGUUUUCAGAGUAUAUCGGCUUUCUCUAUUUAUUCAUUUCACUGGGAAAAUGCCGGAAAACCAGAUGUACAUGCUGAAGCUGAGGCUUUGAAAGAAGUUCCUUCCGAGGAAGGUUGCUUUGCACCAGAAUUUCUUGAAUUUCUAAAAUUGGAUCGAGAGGCGAAGAAAUUCAAUUCUGGAGAUCUUUACAAUGCAAGCAGAGUAGUAGAAGGGUUGUAUCUUGAUUUGCUUGCAAAAGAAAAGUCAACAGGAACAGACAAACUCUGGGCUAUCGGACCAUUUAAUCCGGUGGCGAUACCUGAACGAAAGGACUCAAAUAGCCAUCAGAAAUGCUUAAAGUGGCUUGACAAACAACCUAAGAACGCAGUGAUAUUUGUUUCGUUCGGCUCAACUUCUUCAAUUUCCGAUGAACAAAUCAAAGAGCUUGCCCUCGGGUUGGAACGGAGUGAACAGAAGUUCAUAUGGGUAUUGAGAGAUGCAGAUAAGGGUGAUGUCUUUGAAGGUGAAGUUAGGAGAGCUCCACUGCCAGAAGGGUACGAAAAGAGAGUAGAAGAAAGAGGGAUAAUUAUUACGGACUGGGCACCCCAGUUGGAAAUUUUGGGGCACCCUUCGACCGGUGGAUUCGUAUCUCAUUGUGGUUGGAAUUCAUGUAUAGAAAGCAUAAGCUUGGGAGUGCCAAUAGCAGCAUGGCCAAUGCAUUCAGACCAGCCAAGAAACGCUGUACUGAUGACAAAAGUACUAAAAAUCGGCCUCGAAGUACGGGAUUGGGCCCAUCGUGACGAGGUUGUGUCGGCCAUAUCAGUCCAGAAGGCCGUAAGAAGAUUGAUGGAUACAUCAGAAGGAGAGGAGAUGAGACAUAGGGCAGCAGAAUUAGCAGAUGCAGUAAAACAGUCAGUAAUGGAAGGUGGUGUCGCUCGCAAGGAAAUGGAUUCCUUUAUUACUCAUAUUACAAGGCAAAAUUUUUAAUCUCACCUCUAGAGAUCUACCAUUUUCAUAUAAUUCUGUAAUUUUAUCAUUACAUUUAGGGUCCGUUUGAUUGCAAAAAUAAAAUUUAGGUGGAAAGAAAACGAAUUUUAAGGAA